AUGAAAACAAGAUGCAAGUAUCAUGUCAAACAGCCAAAUGUGCUGUGGCACAUUGACAGCCACCACAAGCUGAUCCAGUGGGGAAUUGUCAUCCAUGGGUUUAUCAAUGGCUUUUGCCACACAGUACAUCUAUCUCCUUCUCAAGUUUGUCACAUUUGUUGA